GCUGCCAUGUUGCCUGCGAGGUAGACGCUUGUCCGCCCCAGAGCAGAUCCUGCGGCACUGAGUCACGGUCCUGGUGUCUGCACGCCGCGUGGCGCUCAGGUUCACCGUGUUGCUUAAUUAGGACAUCCCGGAAGAGUCACGGAGCUGUGCGCAGCUGAGUGACGGGACACGGAGGCAGGAGGGGACCGCGGCGCACAGACACGAAUCCGUCUCGGGAUAUUGACAGUCACAAUAAAACAUCAGCAGAAAUCCGCUGUGGACCAGAGGAGGGAGGUUUGUCAACAUGGAAGGUUUCAUGGAGCGGCUGGAGCGAGCUGUGACUCGCCUUGAGAAGUUUGCUGUCACGAUGCAGGCGUCCAGUGGCAUGGCCAACGGGGGAUGCCUCAACGGCAUUGAUGGAGGUUUGUCUCAGAGUGUGGAGGCCUUUGAUGUCCUGCUGAGAGGUCCAGUGUCAGAGUACCUGAACUACAGCCGAGCCCUAGGAGGUGAGGUGGAGAAACAUGCGGAGAUGGUGAACAACGCCCUGCAGACUCAGAGAACCUUCCUGAAGAUGGCUGCCACGCACCAGGAACCUGCGCAGACGGAGCUACACGACCUGCUGAAGCCAAUCUCAGAUCACAUCCAGGAGAUCCAGAGCUUCCGCGAACGAAACCGUGGCAGCAGCUUCUUCAACCACCUGUCAGCCAUCAGCGAGAGCAUCCCCGCUCUGGGCUGGGUGGCCGUGAGUCAGAAGCCGGGUCCGUACGUGAAGGAGAUGAAUGAUGCUGCCACCUUCUACACCAACAGAGUGCUGAAGGACUACAAGGAAACUGAUAAACGUCAUGUAGACUGGGUGCGUUCCUACCUGUCAAUCUGGACCGAGGUACAGUCCUUCAUCAAACAGCACCACACUACAGGACUUGUGUGGAGCAAGAGUGGUCCCAUUGCUCCUGCUUCUCUGUUCGAUCCCCCCAGUGCUCCCUCCUGUCCUCCUCCACCUCCACCUCCUCCCCCCGGCCCACCUCCAGUCUUCACUGAUGAUGACUCUCAGCCUCAGGCAGCACAGCACUCAGCGUUAUUUGCCCAGCUCAACCAGGGAAUGGACAUCACUAAAGGUCUGAAGCAUGUGUCAGAUGAUAAGAAGACCCAUAAGAACCCUAAUUUGCGUUCACAAGCGACACCGACAAAAACAAAGUCCUCAGGGACUGUGAGCUCACCCAAGGCAGCUGUCCAGAAAAGACCCCCUCUGCUGGAGCUGGAGGGGAAGAAAUGGAGGGUUGAGAACUUUGAGCAGAAACACGACCUGAUCAUUGAGGAGACGGAGCUGAAACAAGUGGUCUAUGUCUUCGGCUGCAACAACUCCACAGUGCAGAUUAAGGGCAAAAUUAACUCCAUCAUCAUCGACAACUGCAAGAAGCUGGGUUUGGUUUUUGAGAACGUAGUUGGGAUUGUGGAGAUAAUCAACUCCAAGGCCAUUCAGCUACAGGUGUUGGGAACAGUUCCCACCAUUUCCAUCAAUACAACUGAGGGUUGCCAGGUCUACCUGAGCAAGGAGUCCCUUAACUGUGACAUCAUCAGUGCCAAGAGCUCUGAGAUGAACAUCCUGGUACCACAAGAUGACGACUAUAGGGAGUUUCCGGUACCGGAGCAGUUCAAGACUGUUUGGGACGGCUCCAAACUGGUGACAGAGCCCACUGAGAUGGCAGGCUGAUUGAUGCUUCGCUGUCAUCACCACCAGCACUGCAAUCAUCAUCAUCAAUUUUUUUUAACAAUCUCUCUAUUUGAGAUAUAAAAGGGAUUACUGCAACAGAUUAACUGAUUUCAUGUCUCCAGCACUUUGAAACUGAACCACUGAGUAGGUUGAUUAUCCCUCUCUACACAACAGAAUUAAAGGACAUCUCAGGUUUAAGUCCCACACACACAAUUUAAUUACCUUAUCUUACAUUUCUGUGCCAUAGCAACAAAGGCAUCCAUGUAAGAAUAUGUAACUGUUGAAAUAUAAGCAUUUAUAUUUCAAUAUUAGUAUGACUGUACCCUAAAUUCACUGUAUGAGCAUUUAAGUACGAUUUAGACCGCAGCAGUAACACAUUACCUUACAGAAAAGGCUAAUUACGUGACAUACACAUUACGACAUCCAGUGGCCAAGCAGAUAAAAAUAACUUGGAGUUAGGUGUAGAAUUAUUUGGUCUAUUUUCUAUCUAGUGAAGUGUAUCUAAGUUACCUCUUUAAAAGGUAGUCAUGUAGUACUUUUGCACGUAGUGAAGUUUGCGUAGCACUGCUCACUAUAUUAACGCCAGAUGUUACAGUCUUGCAAGCGCACAAUACUCUAUAUGAAGUAUAAUCAAUCAGCUAUGGUCGUGUCCAGAUGGUAAACCCAGAGUCGCAAAAAAACUCCUGCAAGAUUUAUAUUCCAUGUGUUCAUUGUAGCCCAAAUCAUGACCCAUGACAGUGUUUUUGAGCCUCAAGCUAACCAGACCUUAACCACAGUGAUGUCACACCAUCAAACAGCUAGACAAAGGAGUUUUGCAAUCCUAGGUUUGCAUCUCGCCACGACCCACAUGGAUGUAACAAUGUUUGGUGUCUUGCAGGAGACAAUACAUCAACAUCAAUCUCUGAAUAUAUAGAAAUCAAGCUACACGCACUGCACCUGUGCACCAUUAAAUACUGACAGAGGUAGUAACUUCCACACUUGAGCACUUCCUAGUCUCCAUAUUACUUUGUACUAAGAUGUAGCACAUAGCACCAGCAUAAGAGAAGAUAGUGUACACCACUAAUGCUUUUCAAAACUUUUAAUUUACAUGAAAACAGUUUGAUGUAACUGUGUAUCAUUUUUCAAAUAAAAUCAAAACCCUCA